AUGACGGCCAUCGCCUCCCUGCCACGCAGCCAGAAUGCUCUCAAGAUAGUCAGCCCCAACACCUUUCACGUUGAUGCCAACGCCCCCCUUCCUACCCUCGUUGACCAUGACUCCGUCUUGAUCCGCGUCGUCUGCGUCGCCAUCAACCCGGUGGACGGCAAGUCGGCCGACCUGUCCGCCACCGCCGGCGCGACCAGCGGCACCGACUUUGCCGGCAUCGUCGUCGCCCUCCCGCCCGACACCAACAGCGAGCCUGACGACGACGCCCUCAAGAUCGGCGACCGCGUCAUGGGAUUCGUCUUCGGCAACAACCCGCAGGGCCGCGACAACGGCGCCUUCGCCGAGUACGUCACCGUCCCGCGACGCCUCCUCUGGCGCUUGCCGGCACACAUGUCCCUCGAGACGGCCGCCUCGCUGCCCGCCAGCCUCGCCUCCGUCGGCAUGGCCAUGCACUACCUACAGAUCCCCCUGUCCUCCCUGCAAUCCGCCAUCUCCAAGUCCAUCGCCUCCUCCUCCGCCGCCGCCGCCGCCGACGACGAGGGCCCCUUUGUGCUGGUCUACGGCGGCGGCACCUCCACCGGCUGCAUGGCCAUCCAGAUCCUCCGCCUCGCCGGCUUCGUCCCCGUCACCUGCUGCUCGUCCUCCUCCGCCGCGCGCGCCUUGUCCCUCGGCGCCGCCGCCACCUUUGACUACGCCUCCGCCACCUGCGGGCGGGACGUCCGCGAGCACACGCACGACUCCCUCGCGCUCGCCAUCGACUGCAUCAGCGACUCGGCGUCGAUGAGCAUCUGCUACGAGGCCAUCGGCGGGGGAGGAGGGCGGUACGUGGCGCUGGAUCCGUUUCCCGUGAGGGGGUGCGUGCGGCGCAGCGUGGUGCCGGACUGGAUCUGCACGCUGACCCAGUUCGGGCGGCCGGUCGCGUGGGCGCCGCCGUACAAUAUCGAUGAGAGGCCGGGCGACCGCCGGUUCGCGGAGGAGUGGUAUCGGCUGGCGCAGAGGAUGCUAGACGCGCAUGUUAUCAGGGCGCCUACCCUGGAGACGAGGACGGGCGGCCUAGCUUCGGUGCCAGAGGGGAUUAGUGAGGUUAGGAUGGGCGAGGUGAAGCGAAAGAAGUUGGUUUACAAUAUUGUAGAGCAGAAGGCAGCUGCAUAG